CGCCGUUCCGCGCAUCACCUUCUACUAACCGCCAUCCUCCAGCUCCCACAUCACUCACGGAUCAUCCUCAGCCUCAAUUUCGCUUGUAUUGGGGUUCUUGAUAAUUUUUUCUGGCGACCUACACGCGUAUUUUUUGCGAGUAUGGAGGCUGACACAAGUAGCUGUGAUGCGGCAGCCACCUCAGCGCCCCUCAAACCCACAAACGCUAAGCCUAUCCUGAACAAUCCGUAUCUUCGCAAUCCUCUUAAUCUUGGAUAUUACACACCAUACCCAUCCCACGUGGAUACAGCGCGCCUUCAGGCUAUUGCACGAGGGUCCCAAAAUACUUUCCACAACCCAUAUCUAUCGCGUACUAUCCUCUCGACUAAGCCAUCUGCACUUGUUCGAUCCGUCUCUGACACCCAGGCGAAGUUGACUACUAACCGACCAGCUGCCACUGGACCAUCAAGUGUUACUAACCACAUUCGUGUGCCAACCCCUGCAACUACUGUUUUUUCCGUCAAAUCAAAUGAAGCAACGCCUCCCGCCCCGAAACUCCGCUCAAAAUCCCUGAAGCAGGCAGUAUCAGCCUCAGCUCCGCGAGCUUCUACGCCUCAACCGGAAAACGCCCGGGUUGCAGACAAUGUCAUGAUACCUAAGCAUGUCGCUCUAAAAAUGAAUUUUGACGACUUCAAACCAGAGGAGUUCCUGGAUCGUGGCGAGUGGAGCGAUCUUGCACGAUAUCCCAUCAACCUAGACCCACCAAAUGGGCUGAUGACUUUACGUUGUUUGUUUUGCGAGAAGAAAUAUUCAGGCCCAAAUGCACGAAGCAUGUGGCGUCGCCACGUUGGCGGAAAGCAUAACUUCGUGCUCAAUGGUGGCAAAGCGAUGCCUUCGAAACCUUCCAAGCCGACUGAAACGGUUAUUACGUUUGCCCAAUCCUCGAAGAAGCGAGACCGGAAACGACCGAAUAAAAGGGUGGAAAUGAAGGCAGCGACCACAAACUCCCAAAGUACCGAAAUGAUUGUCGAUCAAGAUUCUAGCGCGAAUAAUUCGUUUGAGACGAUCGAUGCGGCUAACAGCGAUCAAAGUGAUGAUGAGCUCGAGGAAGCGAUAAACGAGAUCAGCGAUAACGAGGUGGUUCAGAACGAACUGACUUCACUGGAGCCUCCAUUGGCGCUAGGCAUGGUGAGCGAAAGCUUAGAUGCGUUGAAUGAGGACACACUACAGGGGUUGAGAGAUAUGCCCCAAAUUGCACCCGCUACGCCUUUCGGACAUCCAUCGUGUAUGCGACGCUCUAUAUCGACGCCAUCAUUUCUUCCAUCCAGAGAUAUUGAACCAUUUGAUCCCCUGGGGCAUCCGUUCCUUUUACCACCGUUUGAGGAAGGCACCCCACAGAAAGGAAUAGGCAUGGACUCAAAUUUCACUUCACCUCUUCGUUUAGAAUGGCCAUCUGAUCCCACCUUCGCUGACAAUACCAACAUUCCGACAACGGAGUCGGCAGAACCGGAAGAUGUAGCAGAAAGGAUCGCUCAACGCGGGUUGAAGGCUACUUCUUCAUGCAGAGAUCUUGGACUUCUCCCCAGCAUAACUUUGGCGCCCUCGCUUCGGAGUCCGAAGUGCGCCAAAAGGCUCCGCUCUCCCCCUACUCCUAGUGGAUCCGAAAAUAGGUGGCUGUCAUCUAACAGCCCAAGUACCAAUAGUAGCAACCGACCGUCUACACCGAGAUCACACCAGAGGAAUGCAUCGGAGGCAUCCCCGACCUCUUUGCUACAGCGCUUGACGUCUGGACGGACUGGGGUCUCAAAUGAAGGAUCGAUCAGUACCCCGGUCCCAGUGCAACCCCACAAAUUGUCUGAAUCGGAUAGAAGACGAUGGUUAUUGGCGCUCGAAAGCCCGGGCCCUGGACCACCGUUCCCAUCAUCCUCUCCGGGGGCGCCAUCCUCGGCGCAAAGUAAUCGACUCCUUCCACUGACCCUCGGCCAAUCGCCGCAGCAUCCAACCUUAGGCCGAUCGUCGGCACGCAAGGCAGCAUCCUUCUUACAUCCAUUCUCUACCGGCGUUGCAAGCGAGAACUCUUACGAUGCCAUGUCGUCUUUCCAGUACAACGAAGAAACAGCAUCAGCAGAGACUGGGAAGAUCGGGACACCAUUUGUUACACGUUCCACCCCGCGUCGCUACACGCUUCCAUCUUCCAUAUACGGGUCCUCACCUAUGGGUCCUCCCUCAACGACGAGAUCCAGAUUCAUGCACAGUCGCACGCCUUCUCUUGCUCAUUCCCACACGCGGAGCAGUAGCAUUGAGGAGUUGGGUCACGACGACCCAUUUGCCUCUGAAUUGACCUUCCCUUAUGACCCUCAUUCCCGACUGCGCGACCGGCUCCGUGACGGCAAGAAGGAAACGCCGACGAUGCUUUCAGGCAGUCCAUUCCUUAAGCGAUCACGAGAGUCGGAGGCGACCGAAGAGCCUUCUGUGGUCACAGCUCCACCGUCAUUGGAUGUUUCCGGUCUUGAGUGGAUGGAUCUCCAAGACUCGAGUCCUGUCAAGAAGAAAGCUAGACUUUCUCAGUAAAGCAGGAACAAACUUAAAGCGACAUACACUUCACCAAAGCCCUGAGAACUAAUCUUGUAUUCCCUUUGCCACGUACACUGACUUUUUAAAUCCGUUUGAUUCGUCACGCCCUGAGCUCUUUUGUUCCCUUGCUAUUCACCACCACAAGAUCUAUCUUCAAUUUAGUGGGACUUUCCUUCUGGUUGAUUCGUUUUUUAUUCACUGCCUGUUUCUUGCGACGCGUCUCGCUCCUAUUUUCUAUUUCUCGAGCCUUUUCUACUUCUCGCCGCAUGCCUCGGUAAUGAGUCAGACACGCACCUAUCUGUAUCUAACGUCUGUUUUUGUUUCAGUCGACUGUAAUUGUAGCUUCUCAGACUGAUACUCUGUCGCACACUAUCUGAUCUUUGCCCCAUCACGCUUUGUUG